ACAUAUGUUCUCUUUUCAGUGUCUUGGUAGAUUUCAAAUGACUCCCGAAAAGAAGUGACAGUGUUUAUUUUUGCCUUUUCAAACGUUACUUAUGAAAUGUUCGCUAGUUUUUUAGAGAGGCGGGGAGAGUACGUCAGAGCUUUUCUCCCGCUUUCACAUUUCAGUAGGAUGAGAAGAAAAUAAUUUGUGCGUUAGUGGGAGGAGGUGUGUUUGUCUCUGUCAUUUACUGACGUUUCUGCUAGCUUACUCUAUAAGCUACUAGCUAGCUAGUCAGCAAGCUAUCAAAGGCUAAAUAUGUAUUAAGCAUUUUACCGAGUAUUUAAUUUCUGCAACGUUAAAUCUUUGUUUCAUCAGUUGAUGGUCUCUUUUAACGCCUGCAUCCACACCCCCUUUGUAAGCAGAUUUGAAAAUUCAGCCUCAGUUGCUAGUUGGCUAAUGUCGUUAGCGAGCUAGCGACCUAGCUGGCCAACUACAUUUCAAGAUACAUCUCUGAAAAAGUAAAGCUAACAAGAAUGUUUCCAUAUAACAUACAACAUUGUCUUAAACGUGCGCUCAUAAUAUUUCCAGGAACAUGCAGCAUGAUGCGAUGCCGGGUUUUUCUUCUGUUUAUAGCUAGCUGGCUAACAUUAGCGAUAUAGCUAGCUGCCUAAUUUGGCAGCGUCGUAACUAGGUAGCUAGCUUUGUAGCUGGUGCUUGCUAGCUAAUUGCGUAGUGAAAUUUCUGGCUUUCUGUUAAUAGAGCAAGGACAAAAUUGGGGUUGUAUGAAAUUUGUGUAUUUUUCACGUUGCAUGUGGCGUGUUCAUGUUGUCGCUAUAUGAUUUGAAUUUAUUGAAAAAUUGAGGUGUAUUUAGCUAGCGAGCUAGCCAGCUAAAUAUAAACCGUGUAGCUAGCUAGCUACGUAGCGUUUCUUGGUAGCUGUACCAGCAAGCUUGCUGGCGCAGUCAAACUGCUGGUUUCUAGACUAGUUUGCUUUUUAGCUGCUAAGUGACGUUUUGUGCAGCUUUUCUUAUUUUACAUCGAGACUCAUUGAUAGUCUCACAUAGAACAGGCUUGUUGCGUCAUUUGUUAUGCUUGGGAAAGACUGGAGGUUUAUUUUCGCUGCCCUUAAGAUGUCCGUUUUACACUCGCAGUGGAUAUUUGGCUGGCUGUGCAGCUGUAUUCAGUUUUAUUAAAGUGAUAUUUAAAUUUGGGGGUGAAAAAAAACAGCAAUAAGUUUUUGUCCUUGGAGGACAAGGUUUUAUUUGACAUUAGAGAAUGAUCAAUGUGUCUUCUGUGUACACCAUGUGAUUUACAUGGCCACAAAGAACGUUUCCCUGAUACAAAUGACAAUUAAUUAGGAAAAUUUCCGAUUUUGUAUCAUCUAGCUAAAAGGGUAUUUAUAUUGUUCCAGAAAACAAAGAGUUUUGGAAAUAACAUUAGGUGUUGUUAUGGUGAUGCCGUGUAGCACACCGGUCUAUGUUAGCCACUAAACAUUUAAGCUAUUUGGACUGGACCACCACUGUCUCAAAGUGCGUCACUGGUGGAAAAAGACGGCAUGUUUUUGGGAAAUGUGUUGCAACGGCUGGGAUGUAACUGAGGAGUGUAAUUUUAGAUAACCGCAGAAGUCGGUAAUUACACAUUUAAAUUUUUCAUUUUGAUUAGCUAAUUCGGGAUUUAGAUAAUCAAGGAGGCUAUUAUGUCUGGCAGUUUAGUUUGUGAAAAGUCACAAUUUGAUCUGUAAGAGAAGUGGGCAUUUGUUUAGUCUGUUGUUGUAAAUAAUUCUUGCUAAAAGGAUUGAAAAGGUCAAAUAGGAGAUUCAGUAAUAUGUGUGUAUAGUUGUGUGUAUUUAUUUAAUGAAAUUAGUAAUACAUGAAGUAUGUGUCGCUAUCUCUAUUAAGAAAAAAAAGUUAAUAUGAAUGAGACUGGUAGGUGAUGUUGCAGUAAAUUCACUGUAUUGUAACACUUCUAAAAGCGGUCUAACAACAAUGAACUAUUAUCUUUUUCAAAUGUGCAGUCCUGGCCCAGUAACAUAAUUUUCUGCAUAUCUGUAUUUAUUUGUGUAUCUGCGCAAAUAUAUGUAAAAGCGUAUUUGUAUUUCAGUAUGAGUAAAUUACAGGAGUUGGUAUCGCCGUCUUCGGUUCGGUCUUUGAGUCUCAUUCUGGCUCUGAUUGGCAUCUUUUGGCACAGCAAAGCUGAUGGUUUAAGUGUGAAUGCAGUCUUGUGCACUGGCAACACUCUUGAUACUGUGUACACCGAGUUCAGGAAAUGCUGUAGCCGUAUCGGGCUUUCACCACGUAAUCUGUUUUGCUUAAUUUAUUAUAUAUUUUUUUUCAACAGCUCUAAUUUUCUUCUUCUUCUUUUCACCCUCGAUGUGGAACGCAGACCCGUCCCAGCUCUGCUACUUCCUCCUUUAAUUCGGGGAGGUGCGCAGAGUGAUGAGAAGAGCGAGGAUCAAGAGCUACAGGGCGCGCGAGACCGGACGCAGAAGCCGAAGAAGGCCAAGCGGGAGCGCGGGCCGCGGGAUGAGGCGCCGCCCGAGCCCGCCAUGUCCGCCCAGAGCUCGGCGCUAGCGCGGCCGCCGGAGGACCAGCGGCGGCCGGCCGACAGCGAGGAGGCCGAGGCCGAGGAGUCCGGGUCCGGCGGGGGCGACCCGGCCCACCUGGAGCCCUCCGCCUCUCCCAAGCAGCGGCGCUCCAUCAUCCGGGACCGCGGGCCGCUCUACGACGACCCGUCGCUGCCGCAGGGCUGGACGCGCAAGCUGAAGCAGCGCAAGUCCGGCCGCUCGGCGGGAAAGUACGACGUCUACCUGAUCAACCCAGAGGGGAAAGCCUUCCGUUCCAAAGUGGAGCUGAUAGCGUACUUCCAAAAGGUAGGAGACACCUCCACUGACCCCAAUGACUUUGACUUCACGGUCACGGGCCGCGGGAGCCCCUCCCGCCGCGAGAAGAAGCCCCCCAAGAAGCCCAAGGUGGUGAAGCCUUCCGGGAGGGGGCGGGGCCGUCCCAAAGGCAGCGGCAAGGUGCGGCCCGCCACGGAGGGCGUGGCCAUGAAGCGGGUGGUGGAGAAGAGCCCCGGGAAGCUGCUGGUGAAGAUGCCCUUCACCCCCCCCAAACCCGAGGUGGGGGGGCCUUCGGGACAGGUGGCGGUCCCCAAACUGCGUCCGGGACGCAAGCGGAAGUCGGAGCAGGACCCGCAGACCGCCCCGAAGAAGCGCGGCCGCAAGCCGGCGGCGGCCGCCGCGGCGACGGUUUCGGCGGGAAGUGCGGGCUCCGGCGCUCCCUACGCCGCCACGGUCGCCAUGGCCGCCGAGGCCAAGAAGAAAGCGCUGAAGGAGUCUUCCACAAAGCCGGUGCAGGAGACCGCGCUGCCCAUCAAGAAGCGCAAGACGAGGGAGACGGUGGAGGAGCCGGACCCCCCCCCUGUGCCCCCCGCCGCUGAGCCGGGCGCCGCGCCCGGGACGAGGUCCGAGACGGCGACAGGAACGGGAAUGGGGUCGGGAACGGGAAUGUUGUCGGGAAUGGGGUCGGGAACAGGGACUAGUGCCGUUGCCUCUCUGGGCGCGGCCGGAGCAGAGGCGGAGGAGAAGGGACAGAAGUUGCCAAAGAGCCCUGGGCGGAAGCACAAGGAGGCGCCUCUGGCUCCAGGGGGCGGGGCCGGGGGCGGGGCCGGAGGCGAGGCCAGCCCCACCAAGAGCCACAAAAAAAAAGAGCGUUCGCAGCAGCACAAACACCACCACCACCACCAUCACCACCACCACCACCCGCACUCGCCCGUACCCCAGAUCCCGCCCCCGCACCCCCCACCCCCGCCCCCGCCCCACGCGCACCAACACUCCCCCCCAAGCCAGGCCAGGAGAGAGGCUCCAGCGCUGCAGGACAGUGAGCCCCAAGACCUGAGCACCCACCGACCCUGCCCCGACGACAAGCAGCCGCCGCCGCCGCCGCCACCGGGCCGCCGCGAGGGGGGGCGGGCCGACAGCUGCCCCGGCAGGGACACCGUCACCAAGACUCAAGCGCCGGCGGCGGCAGCGGCGGCUGCCGACCUGAGAGCCAAGCACCGGGUGGGGGAGGGGGUGGAGGGGCGGGAGAUGAAGGACAUCGUGCCCAGCGCCGCCGUACCCAGGCCCGCCCGCGAGGAGGCGGUAGAGUCCCGGACCCCAGUGAGCGAGCGAGUGAGCUGACUGACGUAGCCCCCAGAGCGGGAGCGAGCGAGCCGGGGAAGAGAGGGCAGCCAUUUUCUUUUUUUUUUCUUUUUUUUUUUUUGAGAAAAACAAAAAAAAAAAAAGACACAAAAAUGUGUGUGUACAUAUAUGUGUAUAUAUGUUUAUAUGUAUAUACAUGUGUGUAUAUAUAUGCACAUAUAUACAUAUAUGAUAUGGUAAAACUAAAGGCAGCUGUUGUGUCUUGUUCUUUCUGUGGGUUGGGCUGUUUAACCAACGAUGAUGACAUAAGAAAAAAAACAAAAACAGAUUUUGCUUCCUGAUUAAAUUUGCAGGUUUUUUCCCAAAUGUUUAUUACCUUUUUUUUUUACCUGACCAUCACCCACCCUGCCCAGUUGUACCUUUGUCAAAGCUUCAAUGAUGUGGAGGGUCAGCAAGGUAAUCUUUUAGAAAAAUGCUUCUAAGUCUAAGUUUUUUUUUGUGGUUUGAAUCUGUAAAACGCCGACCGAUCCGCAAGUUAUAGAUGUCUCUUCAUCAUCUGGUAUUCUCUGUGUUUUAUAGCUGGCUAUUAAGGGACAGAGAUAAGGACAAAACUGAUAUUCGGGAAAGUGAAUCACUGUUGCCUGGCGACAUGCGUGUUCAAAUGGUUUAUGGGGGAUGUGCCACCGCCCUGUGUUACUAUCCAAAUAACGAACAUAGAUUUUUCUUGUACACCGUGUUUCCCCUCUGGCAAGCAGAAUGAUUCUGGAUGUGUGGAAAGGGACCUUGGAGUCUUUGCUAACCAGGGACUUUCCUGUGGUUUGUGGAUUCUUAGCUGUUAGGUCUUUCUUCCUCCGUGAUGAAUAGAAUCACAGCCUUGUGUGGGUUGAGUUUCAGAACUCUGAUCGGACAAUUUUAUGUAAAUAUCGUCCUUGCCAUCCUGUUCCAUUUCCACUGAAGCUUUGAACAAAGACAAGUUUUUUUUUUUUUUUUUAAUUUGUUUUGUUUGUUUGUUUUCUUUUUAAAUCACAGCCAGAUAAGAACUUCCUAACAGGAGAUGAUGGUGAAUGCUGAUGUCUAGGGCCCUUCCAUAAGACUCGAUGAAGAGCUUCCAUUUUAAUCCCUUUAUUUAAUACGGUAACUACAGCAUUAGCUUGUAGUGACACACACUCUCACAAAUGUGGUACACCAUUUCAAAGCAAGUUGUUUU